AUGAAUAUUGUUCAAGCCGUUAACAAAAGUCUUCAUGAGUCAAUUACUGGCUGUUGCGCAAUAACAGACGAGCUCAUUCGUAAUGAAAGGAUACAGUGCAAUACUAUUGAAAUCGACCCAGCUACCGACCCUGACUACUCCCACACAUGUAUGGGCCUGCGGAGAUCACUACCUGCAAGGGGAGAACACAUUUGUGAAGCAGGCGUCCGGGAGCAGCUGAAUGAUAUCACUUCUUACGUUGACGGUUCACAGAUUUAUGGUUCUACAGAAGAAGUAGCAAAGAGUCUACGUACAUUUAAGAACGGCAAACUACUUGUGGCAGACAGUGACUUACUUCCUAAGAACAGCGAUACUGCAUGUGUAUUGGAUGACCCGGAUAAGAAUCAUUGCUUUUUAGCAGGUGACGUCAGAGUGAACGAGAAUCCUCAGCUCAUGGCUUUACAUACGGCAUUUGUACGCUACCACAACGCCCUGUGUGAUAGGCUAGUAUUUCAGGGACUUUCAAUAGAUGAAGACAUAUACCAAAUAGCUAGGAAAAUUAUUGGGGCAAUUCUGCAGAAUACCCUCUACGGACAAUGGCUACCUAGCGUCAUCGGCGCAGAUUUGAUGGAUAAAGAAGGAUUAACAGUUGGAUCUACGUUCAACUAUAACGACACAAUCGACGCAACUAUCUUGAACGCUUUCGCUGGGGCAGCCUUUAGAUACGGUCAUACAUUGGUCCAUGGAACAAUAACAACGGUUGAUGACAAUUUCGGGAGAAAAAAUGAAGUACCUCUUAAAGACUCCUUUUUCAAUACAAGUCUUGCUUUCAAUAGUAUUGCUGAUAUCGCGAGGACCAUGUCCCUUUACCAGUGCAAAGUAUCUGAUGCGUUUUUGGUAGACGAUUUGAAAACACAUCUUUUUGAAACGGCAACCUCCCAUGGCAUGGACCUCACUGCGUUAAACAUACAAAGGGGUCGGGAUCACGGACUUCCUGGCUAUAUUGCGUUCCGUGACUGGAUUGGGUUGUCAGUGCCAAAGGACUUCAGUGAGCUAUCGGAUCACACGCUUGAAGCUCAAGCCAAACUAGCAUCUGCGUAUGCUGAUGUUAGAGACAUUGACUUAUUCCCUGGUGCCAUGUUGGAAACGAACGUUGAUGGUGCUCAUAUUGGUCCAACGUUUUCCGCUAUAUUGGCAGAACAGUUUAAACGUCUGAAGUUUGGGGAUCGUUUCUAUUUUGAAACCACCGGAGAUCAAGGAUUUCUUCCAGCUCAACUUGAUAACAUUAAGAAGGUGAGCUUUGCCAAGAUCAUGUGUGAAGCGUUCGGCCUAGAAGUUAUCCAGGACAACGUGUUCAGCCUUCCUAAGGUAGAAGACUUGAAGAGAUGUGAUUCGUAUACGGACAUUGAUGUCAGUCUAUUCAAAGAUAUAUAGACUCCAUGACCUGGUAAAAAUGGACAAAAGUCGACACAAAUGAAAGUCUUGUAUACUCGACAAUUGCAGAUAUAUCAUUGACUAAAAAAAAUAGAGGAAUAGAAGCCGUAAAUAUCCAAUUACUGUCCAUAAUAAGUACAUGCUUUAUAGUAAAACAAAAACGGUAUAUUAUGAUUAGAAUAUCAUAAAAAUGGUUUUUGAAGGCACACAUUUUAAUGUAAAAUUUAGCGGGGGUAGACCGGAAUUGGAACCCAGGACUCGAAAUUGAUAUACUAUCGUGCUAACCAACUGAAUGACAUUGUCAACGAAAUCGUUCGCAGCUGUGCCUCAGAUAUAUCCAAAACGACAUUAAGAAGAUGCUUCUGUCAAUACGAAAACCUAAGGUGCAUUGGGGCAGGCAUUUUUAAUAAAUAAUGGUUAGAUUAAGGCUUAUUGAUGUAGAUAGCAUCACUUUCGUACUUUUACAUUCUCUCCGUUUUUUUUUUAUUUUUUUUUGUUUACUAAUACAAUUUACUAUUAAGUCAUAUUUUUGCUAUAUAUUAGAUUUAUUUUAAACAAGAUUUUAGUCCCUACAAUUGUAUAGCAAUAUGCAACAUACUAUACGAUAUUGAAUAGUGGCGUCUUUUAGAGCUAUGUUUCGUACAAACACAUAACCUUAGAUCGCUUUUGAUGUUUAUUUCUGUGUUAAACUGAUGUCAUGGGUAUCCGACACAUUUUCCUUUUGUUCAUGAAUUGCUCCUUCUUCGCUUUAUAUUAACCAUUUUAGAAAAAAUGUUAUGUUACCAUUAAUUAAUGAAAUAUGUUCGUUCGGAAUAAAUUUAGAAAUCCGCACGCCUUAACAAGCAUAUUGAACAGGAUGUAUAGAAGUAUACCUGAAUAUUCUACAUAAGAAAUGCAAUGUAGAUUUAACCAUUGGUGUUAAUGGCGGUUACAUGAUCUGCUUUCUCAUUUGCAUCAUGUUAAGAAGUUGGUUUUAGUGAAGUAAUUUAACUUUAAGUCGUUGAAGCUGAAAAAAAUAGAGAGCAUACUUGCACUAACCUGUAUAUCAUGUAUGAACCUUGCUUAUUUUGUUCAAAAUAUAAA